AUGUCCCAACAGAUGCAAUACUACGCAACCCAGCAACCGUUGCAACAGCCACAGCCACAGUCUCAGCAGGUUCCUGCUCAAAUGAGUGCUGAACCUGAUCUGCUGCGCAAUCUCAUGGUGAACUACAUCCCCACCACAGUUGAUGAGGUCCAGCUGCGACAAUUAUUUGAGCGCUAUGGCCAAAUUGAGUCUGUGAAGAUUGUGUGUGAUCGCGAAACCCGCCAAAGCCGCGGCUUCGGGUUUGUGAAGUUCCACAGCGCCUCCAGUGCGCAGCAGGCGAUUACCGCACUCAACGGCUUCAGCAUUCUCAACAAGCGCCUGAAGGUGGCGCUGGCGGCGAACGGUCACCAGCGGAACCGCAAUAACGCCGCCGGCGGGUUCGGGCCGUACAGCGGGUAUGGGGGCUACGGCGGCUACGGCGCCUACCCACCCGCCGCCAACCCGUACGCCCAGCAGCAGAUGAUGGCCAUGCAGCACCCGUACAUGAUGGCCGCCCAGACAGUGCAGUCGAUGCCCCGUCAGUAA